AUGACCAAAAGAGUAGGUGAUUAUGAACUUGGAGCCAUUCUGGGUUAAGGUGCAUUUGGAAUGUAAUGAUCUUUUAUAUAAUAUUUUCAGUGUUAGGAGUGCCAUAAAUGUCACAACGAAAUAAGAAUUUGCUAUAAAAAUUAUUGAUAAAGAAAAAAUCAAGAGAGAAGAACUAAUUGAAAGUCUUAAAAAGGAAAUUCAUAUACUUAUGAUCAUCAAUCAUCCAAACAUCGUAAAAUUAAUAGAAGUAUAAACAUAAUUCUAAGUUAGGUAUUGGCAAGCAAAACGAAGAUUUACCUGGUGUUGGAAUGGAUUAAAGGAGGAGAAUUAUUUGAUAUGAUUAGAAAUAACAAAUUUAUACCAGAACCAUAAAUGCGCAAAUACUUUAGGUAAAUAAUAAGAGCCAUUCGAUAUUGCCAGUCCAAAUCAAUAGCCCAUAGAGAUCUCAAACCAGAAAAUAUUCUCAUUUGCAACUAAACAGAUUAAAUAAAAGUCAAUGACUUUGGUCUUAGUUCUCUCUUUCAAGAUCCAAGUAAUCUUAAUAAUGAAUUAUACACUACAUGUGGUACAGUUCAUUAUCUAGCACCAGAAGUGAUUUAAUCUUCUGGAUAUGAUGGACAUAAAGCAGAUAUCUGGUCACUUGGUGUGAUUCUCUAUUUUUCAUGUGCUGGAUGUAAAAUUCCCAUAUUAUUUAAUUAGAUUUGCCAUUUGAAGAUGAUAAUGUAGCAAUUCUUUUGGAUAAUAUUAUCACAGCAUAAUAUUUCCCAUUUCCUAAAUAUUUUUCAACAGAAUUAAAGGAUCUGCUCUCAAAAUUAUUAGUCACACAUCCAAAUAAGCGAAUAACUAUUGAAAAUAUUAUUUAACAUUAAUGGUUUCAAACAGAUAUAACAAAAGAAGAAUAAUAAUGGUUUUUAUAAGAUGAGUUUCCUACUUAACCAUAAGAAUUUGCUCAUCAUAUAUUAAAAGUAUCUACAACCCUUUUAAAGAACAAUUUCAUAGAUAACCCAUCAUUUAUACGAUAAAUGAAAGGAUUUGAAUUGAUAUCAUUUUUAACUGGUAAAGUUGUCAGUUAAUUGCCAAAUGUUAAAAAUCAAUCUAAUUCAGAAUCUUGUUUGACUAUAAAAGGAUAACCUGAAUUAAUUAUUAAGAAUGUUAUAGAAUACUUCUUAAUGAAAAAACCAGUUUCUAUAAAGCAAGUACAAAAUAAGGAUACAUUUAAAAUUCAAAUAAUGUAUAAAUUCAAAACUGAAAUCAAAAUUUGUGUAGAAAUCUUGUGGUUAAUAAGUAAUAAAUAUCUUGUAAAUUUUCAAUUAUUAGAAGUAAUUAAAAUAUUAAUUACAAUAGGGUUUUUCUGAUAUUUACAAUGUAUUUCUCAAAUAAACUGUUUUUGAAUUAAGUAACCUUAAAUGUUGA